UGACAAGGAUCCUGAAGUUUAUAAGAUUCAUAUUUUUGGAUCGAGAGUUUUCGAUUUGAGCUUUGGAGGGCUGCCAUUGACGUCUGACGUGACCAAAACUUCUUUACAGAGCUUCGUAGUCUGUAGACGGUGAUCCAUGGGAUUAAGUGCGCUCCCCCGGGCUUCAGCCUGGGCUCAAUGUCGAGGAAUUUCAGGUCAAGCUCUGAGAGUCCCAAGGCAACUACAGACACGACCUUCUCUCGUUCAUGUUUCUAAAGCCUUGAGGAAACCAUGGCAUAAUAAUCAGCGGGCAGUUGGGUUUCACGAGGCCAAAGUUCGAUCUUUGCCUCUGGCCACCCAGGAUCUGGACUCACCAUCAGCUCCGACGGCACCAGCACCUUACAAGCCACCUGAGACGGGACUACUAUCGAAACUCCCAGCCUCAUGGGUUCCUUACGCUGAGCUGAUUAGACUUGACAAGCCUGCUGGAACCUAUUAUCUGUUCUUUCCAUGUCUCUUUUCUACUCUCAUGGCUGCCCCAAUGGCUAUGCCAAUGGUGACUCCAGGCUCCGUUAUUGGAACAUCACUGCUUUUCUUCUCUGGAGCUCUCAUCAUGAGAGGAGCUGGAUGUACUAUCAAUGACCUAUGGGACCGUAACCUUGAUCCUCAUGUCUCGAGAACUCGACUUCGACCCAUUGCUCGUGGUGCGAUCACACCGUUCAAAGGACUUGUCUACACUGGGUUUCAACUAUUAACCGGCCUGGGAAUACUGCUCCAAUUUCCUCUGCCUUGCCUCUUCUACGGCGUCCCCAGCUUGCUCCUGGUAGCCAGCUAUCCUUUGGCCAAGAGAGUUACUUAUUACCCUCAAGCAGUUCUCGGCCUCACCUUCUCGUGGGGUGCUAUCAUGGGUUUCCCGGCUCUUGGCAUCGAUCUGCUGUCACAUACCCCAGCCUUGACUGCAGCAGCCUGCCUCUAUGCUUCAAAUAUCGCAUGGACGAUAUUAUACGACAUGAUCUAUGCUCAUAUGGACAUCAAGGACGACGUCAAGGCGGGUAUUAAGAGCAUUGCGCUGAAGCAUGAUGCUGAGACGAAGCAAGUGCUGACAGGAUUGGCUGCUGUACAGAUCUCUCUUUUGACUGCUGCCGGAUUUGCAGCAGGUGCUGGCCCAGCGUUCUUUGUUGGGAGCUGUGGAGGAGCUAUGGUCACUCUUGGUGUUAUGAUCAAGCAAGUCAAUCUGAAGGAUGUCAAGGAUUGUUGGUGGUGGUUCAUCAAUGGUUGCUGGAUCACCGGUGGGGUGGUCAGCCUAGGUCUGGCUGCAGACUACACUAUCAGAUAUGUCCAGGGACCUGAGAACGAGACCAAGUCGGAGAACUAAAGGCCGUAGGGUAUUGAAACAUGUAAAACAAUUGUACCAUAAUGUCAUCAUACACGGAGAUAUCGGUUCAGGCCCAAAAAUUCCACCUCACGCGGCGUGCACAUCGUUGUUUGUUCGUCGAAGACUUUGUGAUCUAUUUUCCCUUUUCAGACCUCGUCUCCCAUGAUCAGAUCCCUAACCAGUAAUGCCGAUGCAAGCAAUCCGAAUAGACUCCACGUGUCGAAAUAUGACUU